AUGUUAAAUAAAGUUGGUAUUGGUGCUCUGUUAGAGAAUAAGUUGAAGAUGGAUAAAACUAAGGAUAUGAUGUCUAAAGUGUUUGAGGACUGGGAUUAUUAUAAUAGCCCAGUUGUUGAGGGCAAAAUUCUGAUUUUAUGGAGGAAGACUUUUGUUAAGGUUCAGGUGUUAGUGGAACACAAGCAAUUUCUUCAUUGUUUGGUUUCUUUUACUGGCCUUCAGUUGGAAUUUGUGGUCUCUUUUGUGUAUGGUUUUAACAUAGUGGUUGAGAGACUAGGGGGCAAGAGGGUUAAUGCUAAUGAGAUAAUGGACUCUACAGCUUGGCUAGCCUUUUCUCAGCUAGCUCCAAUCAAAAGCAUAGGUUCCAAAUUUACCUGGUCGAAUAGACAGGAGGGAGCUGAUAGAGUAUAUUCUAAAAUUGAUCAUGGGUUUAUCAAUGAAGAAUGGACUGAUUUUAUUCCGAAUACUGUUGCUGAAAUUCAGUGGGAUGUGCUUUCGGAUCAUUGUUUCAUUCUCAUUAAGGCACUUAAGAUGGGACAUCUUGGAAUUAAACCCUUUAGAUUCUUUAAUUGCUGGAUAACUCACAGCAGAUUUAAAGAAACUGUUAUUGAUAACUGGUGCAAGCCUUUGACAGCAAAAGGGUUAUUGGGAGUGACUAGGAAAUUGCUCAGGCUGAAGCAUGCCUUGAAAGCGUUCAGUAGGAAGGAAAUAGGGGACAUUGAACAGGGGUAUCAUCAGGCUAAGGGUGCUUAUCAGGUUGCAUUAACAGAAGCUCAGGAACGGCCUAUGGAUGCUUCUGCACAGGAGACAGAGAGAUUAGCAGCGAUCUGUUAUAAAGAGCAUUAUACUCGGUACAGAAGCUACUUAAUUCAGCGAAGUAAAGUCACCUGGAUUCAGAAGGUGGAUGAAAAUAAUUCUUAUUUUCAUGCUUGUAUUAAAAAGAGAAAAGAGGAGAAUCGGAUAAUAUCUUACUUGAAUGAUCAUGGGGAGGUAAUUACUGAUUAUGGGGCAGUAGUGAAGCAUUUUCUUGAUCAUUUUAGGCAGUAUAUGGGAAGUCAAAGUUCAGGUUCUGGGCUGAUUAACACUGAAUGCAUUGAUUUGGGCCCUUGUUUAGACAUUGAUUUGCAGCUGAACUUAAUCAGGAAAUUUACUAAAGCUGAUGUAAAAAAAGCUCUGUUUAGUAUUCCGAGAACUAAAAGUCCAGGCUUAGAUGGCUACAAUUCAGAUUUUUACAAGGCUAUGUGGAAGGCAGUUGAUUAUAGGCCUAUAGCAUGCUGUAAUACUCUGUAUAAGUGCAUUUCUAAAAUGCUUUGCAGUAGGCUUUCGGAAGUGUUACCCUCUAUUAUUAGUCCCAAUCAAGGUACGUCCUAUACUGUUUUGAUGAAUGGUCGUUUGCAGGGUGGUUUUCAAGGAGUUAAGGGUCUUCGACAAGGCGACCCUAUUUCCCCAUUACUAUUUGUCUUAGUUAUGGAAUAUCUCACCCGAUUACUUCAAUUUGGUGCAAUGCAUCAUGAUUUUCGGUUUCACCCUUUAUGCAAAAAUCUCAAAAUCAUCAAUUUAUGCUUUGUUGAUGAUUUAGUGAUUUUUUGCAAAGCUAAUAGAGCUUUUGGUGGUUUGGGGUUUGGAGAAGGGUCUAAGUGGAAUACGGCUUUGCUUGGCAAGUAUAUCUGGGCUAUAAGCCAUCAGCAGGAAGCAUUAUGGGUAAAGUGGGUUCAUGCAGUGUAUUUAAAGGGCCAAAACUUUUGGCAAUACCAACUUAAGGCUGAUGCUAGUUGGUAUUGGUGCAAAAUCUGUCACUUACGUGAGAUGUUCUCUCAAGAGGAGAUUGAAAAGGCUGGUAAUACUGGAAGAUUUAAACUUAGACAGUUGUAUUCUGGACUGUUUCAGCUUAUCCCUGUCAAUUACAACCAAUUUGUUUGGAACAGAGUGAGUGUUCCUAAGCAUAGGUUCAUCACUUGGCUUGCAGUCAAUUCUAAGUUGCUAACUAGGGACCACUUACAAAGAGUGAUGCAGCUGGAAUCUUCUCUUUGCCCGGUCUGUGAUCAAGAGUUGGAGAAUCAUAGUCAUCUGCUAUUUGGGUGUUACUUCUCUCAGCAGGUUGUUCAAAAGAUUCAUGACUGGUUUGGCUGUUCUUGGCCUCUUAUAUACUCAGACUGGUGCAGAUGGAUUGGAGGUAUGAGUAAGGGGAUUAGAGCUUCAAAAGUGGCAGCUGUGCUCUCUGCUAUAGUCUACUAUGUGUGGCAUAACAGAAACAUCUGUGUUGUUCAUAAUUACUCUCUUAGUAUUAUGGCUGUAGUUGAGUUGAUCAAAAAUGCCAUUAAGUGUAGACUAAGUGCGUUUUUCUCUGAUGUUGGUGUAAAGCUAUGA